AUGGAACCUGACUCUGAGGAUGAGGCUCUCAGAGCAGCCAUUGCUGCUUCGCUAGAAGAUGUCCAACCUCCGGUCCGAAAUCAAGCCAGCAACAAUGCGAAAUCUGUCGUGGAUUUAACAGGAGACUCGGAUGCUGACGAUGUGAUGCCCACCUUCCCCAAAUCCAAGUCCGUCAUCGGCUCUGAAACCAGUCGCGAAGUCAGUGCGCUUGACGACGCGGAAGACGAGGACGAGGACUUGGAGAGGGCGAUCGCACUGUCUCUACAGGCGGCUGGUUGCCAAGAUGACCCCCUGGUUGAGACAGCUACUGUCCCCCCCGUCAAGGAACAGACCCGGGUAAAGGAUGAAGUUUUGCCAAAGAAUAACGCGGAAUCGUUCCUGGGUCUGGAUCGGAAGAAGAUGGAAGAGGAGCGUCUUGCGCGCCUCGCGAAGAGAAAGGCCGAGGAUGGUCCCAGUCCUGAUCAGCGUAAUGUGAAGCAUCCGCGAAUUGAGGCUCCGGUACAGCAUACACAAGCUUCAGGACCAUCAUCUGCGCCGGCGAUUCAGUUUCCAGAGGGUACUGUCAAGAAGACGUUUGCUUUUGGCUAUCGCAGGACGCCUGAAGAUAUCAAGAUUGAAGAAGUCCUCCAAAAGUCGAAUCUCGAGUUAGCUGUCUUGAGCUCGUUCAUGUGGGACAUGGAAUGGCUUUUCUCCAAGGUUGAUCUGCGGAAUACACGGUUCAUAAUGGUCAUGCAGGCAAAGGAUGAUGCCACUAAACGGCAAUAUGAGUCCGAAACAGCAUCGAUGAAAAACUUACGUUUAUGCUUCCCACCAAUGGACGGUCAAGUCAACUGCAUGCACUCCAAACUUAUGCUUCUUUUCCAUCCAGGGUACCUCCGGAUCGCGGUUCCAACCGCGAAUCUCGUGCCCUUUGACUGGGGAGAGACAGGCGGCAUCAUGGAGAAUAGCGUAUUUCUCAUUGAUCUUCCCAGGAGGGACUCGACAGUACCAACGAACGACUCAAAAACAAACUUCUAUAUUGAUCUUAUGUAUUUUCUCAAGGCCAGUACGUUGCAUGACAACAUUAUUGCGAAGCUGAAGGACUUUGAUUUCAGCAAGACCGCACAGUUUGCAUUUGUUCAUACCAUCGGUGGCUCUCACUUGGGAUCUUCAUGGAAACAGACAGGGUACUGUGGGCUAGGUCGCUCGUUGGAAGCUCUAGGCCUGAAAACAAACACACCGAUCAGCCUUGACUACGUGACAUCCUCCCUCGGCUCCAUAGUCCCCGAUUUCAUGAGAUGCAUCUAUCUCGCCGCACAAGGAGACUCUGGUCUAACCGAACUAACCCUACGAACCUCCAAAUCUCUUCCCGCAAAAGAUCCCACCGAUCCGCGCCGCCUUAUCACCGCAACCACAGCCGACGAAUGGAAAGACAGAAUGCGCAUAUAUUUUCCAUCACAGGAGACGGUGCUGCGUUCGAAAGGCGGACCCAACUCUGCAGGCACAAUCUGUUUCCAGUCAAAGUGGUUUGAAAAUGGGAAAUUCCCUGUUCAAGCGCUAAGGGAUUGCCGGAGUGUGAGGGAUGGGAUGGUAAUGCAUAAUAAAAUCGCCUACGUCCAACCAGAUAAGCCGAUCCCUCUUUCAGAGACAACAGAGUGCCCAGGGUGGGUGUACGUCGGAAGCGCAAAUUUCUCUGAGAGUGCAUGGGGCCGCCUUAUCCAAGACCGCAGCACAAAACAGCCGAAGCUCAACUGCCGAAACUGGGAAUGUGGCGUCAUCGUACCGGUCAUCAAACAAGAGCCAACAAUAACAAACGCGGAACGAAUCACGAACACCUCCGCGGAGGGAUCCUCGAGCAAACAAGUUAAAGGAAGCGGAGUGGAAGAAAACACGCGCCUCCUGGAUAUCUUCGCAGGGACUGUGCCCGUCCCGAUGCGAGUUCCGGGCCCGCGAUUUGAUAGAACCAGGAAGCCGUGGUAUUUCAUGGAGAUGGACUGA